AGAGCUUCAGUCGCUGUGAGAGCCACCCACCGACCAUCAGCCACACUUCGGCAUCUCCGCAUCUUCACAGCACGCUGUCCCCAACACCGGCUUUACACGAUGAGUUAUACUUUAGAUUCUAUAGGCAACCCUACUUAUCGGAGGGUGAUGGACUCCAGGACAAGCUACAGCCGCACCAGCGCAUCCCCUUCUCCUGGGUUUCGAUCCCGUGCAAUGCCGUCUCCGGUGUCUAUGUCUUACAAAAAAGCCUCUAAUGUUCCGGUGGUCCGGACAUUCGGCUCCGCGGUGCUCAGCUCUUCGGAAAGCCUUGACUUAAGCCAGUCCUCCCUGCUCAAUGGGGACUUCAAGCGCUCCAACGAGAAAGAGCAACUCCAGGGACUCAACGACCGCUUCGCCGGGUACAUUGACAAGGUGCAUUUUCUGGAGCAGCAGAACAAGGAGAUCGAGGCGGAGAUCCAGGCGCUGCGGCAGAAGCAGGUGUCGCAGUCCCAGCUCGGCGAUGUGUACGACCAGGAACUGAGGGAGCUGCGUGCGAUGCUGGAGGAAAUCCACCGCGAACGAGCGCAGAUUCAGCUGGACGCGGACCACAUGGAAGAGGACAUCCAGAGGCUGACCGAGCGCUACCAGGAUGAAGUCCGAGUACGGGAGGAUACCGAGGCCGCCAUCCGGGGCAUGAAGAGCGACGUGGAUGACUCAGCUUUGAUUAAGACUGAACUACAGAAAAAAGUGCAAUCCCUUCAAGAUGAGGUGGAGUUCUUGCGCAGGAAUCACGAAGAAGAGGUGACUGAGCUCCUGGCGCAGCUGCAGGCGUCGCAAUCCACCGUGGAGCGUAAAGACUACCUGAAGACCGACAUCACCGAAGCGUUGCGGGAGAUCCGCUCGCAACUUGACGGUCACUCGUCUAAGAACCUCCAGCAAGCGGAGGACUGGUUCAUUAGCCGCUACUCCAGGCUGACCGAAGCGGCCGAACAAAACAAAGAUGCGAUCAAAACCGCCCGGGAUGAGAUUGCUGAAUACCGCCGCCAGCUGCAGACCAAGAACAUCGAGCUGGAGUCCGUCCGUAGCACGAAAGAGUCACUGGAACGACAGCUCACUGACAUCGAACAGCGGCAUAACGGCGAUCUGGCCAGUCUGCAGGAAACGAUUCACCAGCUGGACAACGAGCUGAAGGGCACGAAAUGGGAGAUGACCCGGCACCUGAGAGAGUACCAGGAUCUGCUCAACGUCAAGAUGGCUCUGGAUAUCGAGAUCGCGGCGUACAGGAAACUUCUAGAAGGGGAGGAGACUCGCUUCAGUAGUUUCUCUGGUGGCAUCACGAGCCCCUCGUUCCCAUAUCGUCACCCGGUCACACCCAGCAAGGUCCCUAAGGCCAAGGCUGAAGCCCCCAAGCUGAAAGUGCAGCACAAGUUUGUGGAGGAGAUCAUAGAGGAGACCCGUGUGGAAGACGAGAAGGACAUGGAUGAAGUUCUGGCCCAGGCUGCGGAGGAGCUGUCUGCUGAGCAGGAGGAGGAGGCUGGUGAAGACAAAGAGGAUGAAGAGCAGGAGAAAGAAGAGGAACAGGCAGCAGCAGAGGAGGAGGAGGAAGCAGCAGAGGAAGAAGAGGUGGUGGCCACCACCCAAGCUGCAGUGAGCUCUAGCCCACCGGAGGAGGAGCAGGAAAAGGAAGAGGAAGGGGAAGAGGACAAGCAAGGAGAAGGUGAAACUGGAGAUGAAGCAGAAAAGGAGGGAGAGGAUGAAGAUUCCAAGGAGGGGGAAGAAGAGGCGGAGGAGGACCAGGAAGAGACAGAGGGUGGAGAGGAGGAGGAACAGAAGGAAGGGGAUGAUGAAGAGUCUGUGGUGGAGGAGACAGUGUUGUCCACAAAAGCCACCAAAUCAGAAGCCACACCUGAAAAAGCAAAGGAAGAGAAGGAGGAGAGCACUGUAGAGGAGAAGGAAAAAGGAGGAGAGAAGGAGCAAAAAGUAGAAGAGGAUGAGGGGGACCAGAAGAGUGAUGCCAAAGAAGAUGCAGACACAGAAAAUGGCAAAGAAGCUACAAGUGAAGAAGAGAAAGAGGAACAUCAAGACAAAGCAGAUGAAGAUAUUAAGGAAAAGGAUGAAACAGAUAAGAAGGCAAAGGAAGAGAAAACAGAGGAGCCUGUAGCCAAGAGUGAGGCUCCCAAAGUGGAAGCAAAGGAAGAUAAGAUGAGUGAACCAGAAGGCAAGGAAGACAAGAAGAGCAUUGCAGAAGUUAAAGAAGAUAAGAAGAGUGAAUCAGAAGUUAAGGAAGAUAAGAAGGGUGAUUCAGAAGAUAAGAAGAGUGAUUCAGAAGUUAAGGAAGAGAAGAAGAGUGAUUCAGAAGUUAAGGAAGACAAGAAGAGUGAUUCAGAAGUUAAGGAAGAUAAGAAGAGUGAUUCAGAAGUUAAGGAAGAUAAGAAGAGUGAUUCAGAAGUUAAGGAAGAUAAGAAGAGUGAUUCAGAAGUUAAGGAAGACAAGAAGAGUGAUUCAGAAGUUAAGGAAGAUAAGAAGAGUGAUUCAGAAGAUAAAGAUGAAAAGGCAGGAAAGGCAGUUGAAAAGGAAGAUAUAGCUGUCAAUGGCACAGUUGAAAAGGAUGAGAAAAAAGCCGGAACAGAAGUGGUGACCAAUGGCACAGACAAGAGCCCCACCAGCGAUGGCGGUAAGCAGAAGGUCGUCAUCACCGAAAGGGUGGAGACUGUCACCAAUGGCGAGGGUGGAGCCAAGCAUGUCACCACGUCGGUCACAGUCACCGAGACGACGAAGAAGGAAGACAUGCUCCAGCAGGAAGUAGCCUCCACCAAGAAAGUAGAAAAGAUCACCAAGCAGGAGGUGAAGCAGGUCACUGAAACGCAGUGAGGGUACUGUCCCACCACGGAGAGAACGAGUGCCCGCCUUUAACGCCUGACCGAGAGCAUAUUAAAAUACGUAGCGAAAGCCAUAAGGUACAACACGCUGAACAAAAGUGCAUGACGAGUGAUAGCUUUCAAUGGGCUCUGCCCUGUGCCGCUAACGAGGGAUUUCUGAAGGGGGAGUCCUUUUAUUAUCUUUGUGCAAUAUAUGGGGGUGGGGGAUACUGCAUGCAAUUGUCAAAGAGGUACACCCCUCCCCCCCCCAACACCGCAGCAGGGCCAAUUCCAGCAUUACAAGUGUGCGCACGCAAGCAGUGUGUGUGUGCGUGUAUGUCUGUGCGUGUGCGUGUGGGUGAGGAUUUUUCCAGUGUGACAGAUGCAUCUGAAUUGAGCUGUGCUGUCCAGAGUGGGGGCAGGAAAAACUUGGGGGGUGGGGGGGUGGUUGGUUCCUGUUAUAGCUGAAUUUAGUCAACAUAUGCAAAGACUUAACUGAGCCAAAAAUAUUUAGCAAUGGUGAUGGUUACUGUAAUGACCGUAUUGUUACAAGGGCACAUGACGAUUGCAGUGUAGUAUCAGUCUGAGACAAACCGAAGCAACUAAUGACAGGAAAAAAUCAAACGCUCCUAGCCUUAAAAAUGCAGUUUAUCAUUGUCUGUUCACUUUACCUCAUGACUACAUUAAAGAAUAAAAUGUACAUUUAAGCAACGAGAAACGCUGACGCAUAUGAAUGACCCUCACUCCGGAGUGAAUUCAAUUAAGGUGCUAACGUAUACCACCCAUUUCAAAGUUUCAUUGACAGUUUCUCAAUGGCAUUUGCUCAAUAAACGUCAAUCGAAAUGACUCACAAUCA